GUCCAAGAUGCCUGCUGCUCUUGAGUGGGAUAAAGUUAGGAGAAUUGAUGCAGCGACCCUGCACGAAUGUGAAAAAGAGAAAGUGGACGAGGUCUUCACCAUGCUCGCUUUGACGGAAGAAUGGGAGGUGAAGGAUAAAGCUCCGGAGAACAUUAUACACAUCCUAAGAGUGUUUCAAGCCCUCUUGAAGAUGAAGGAUCGGGAACUUGUUCUUGCUUUUGACUUCAUAGAUGGCAUCGGUGUAAAGCAUGCUAAAACUGAAAAGGAACUUCUCACCAAGGUGUCCAGACUGGAACAAGAGCGCAAGCAUGCCGGCACAGGGCCAGACAACCGCUUCCUGAGAGAUGAGAUUCGGCAGCUCGAGAACCAACUAGAGCAGAGGGAGAAGGAGGUGACCCAGAUUAAGAAAGAAAUGGGAAAGGACAAGAAAAGCAAUGAGGAGUUGACUGUGAGAGCAGAGGAGGCCGAGAAUGAGGUCAAGAAGCUGAAAAGAGAGAAUGAGCAGCUCCAGCAGGAUGUGGAGUUUUAUCGUGGGGAGUUGGACCAGAAUCAGCCAGGCCCAUCCAGAGACGAGAAUGCUGAGACCCAGAGGAAGCUCAACCUGGCUAAUCGCCAGCUCUAUCAGUGUUUGGAAGACCUGCAGCGAUCAGAGGAUGAAAUAGUAUACCUGAAGACACAGAACGAGCAGAUGCAGAAAAGUCUGGAGGAGUCGGUGAAGGAGAUGGAGAAGAUGACAGACGAGUACAACAAGAUGAAAAUUGUGGUGCAGCAGACAGACUCCAUUGUGGACCAACUCAGGAAAGAGAGGGACCAUGCAAAGCUACAAGUCAGAGAGUUAACAGAUAAGAUUCAUAGCAUGACUGAACAAGAUGACCCAAUUAUGGCAGCGGUCAAUGCUAAAGUGGAGGAGUGGAAGAGAGUGCUCUCCGGGAAGGAUGAUGAAAUUUCAGUGUACCAGCAGAUGAUCCGCGAGCUGAGAGAAAAGCUGCGUUCAGCCCAGUUGGACUUGGAUAAAAGCAACAUUAUUGCCUUGCAACAGGCCGUGCAAGAGAGAGAUAAUCAAAUCAAGAUGCUGAGUGAACAGGUGGAGCAGUAUACAGGGGAAAUGGAGAAGCACACCCGGUUGAUUGAGGAGCUAAAGACAUCCACGAAGAAAGACAGAGGCCCGGCAUCAACCAUGCAGCAGCGAAGGAUGGAGGAGCUGAAGUCCAAGUUGGAAGUAGCAGAGACCAGAGCGAUGGAAGCAGAACGGGUGUUAAAACAAGCGGAAGCUCACGCUGAGGAAAAAGACAAAGCUCUCAUUGACGCUUCAAACCGCUUGAGCCAGUAUGAGUCUGGCAUUUAUGGCCUGGAAGCAGCCAUUGCGGAGAUCAAAGAGUGUAAAAAUCAAAUUAGGGUGAGAGAUUUUGAAGCAGAGGCCAUGACCAAAGAGAUCAACCAGCUUGAGAUGAGAAUCAGUGACCUCAUGGAUGAAAACGAGGAUUUCCGAGAAAAACUAGGCCUGGAACCAAAGCAGGAAGUGGAUCUGACAGAGUUCAAGCGAGCCAAAGAUCUCAAGCAACGCCAGUACAAAGCAGAAAACCAAGUCCUCACCAAAGAGAUUGAACGGCUUGAAGAGGAAAGACUGGAGCUAAAGAAACAGAUCAGACGCAUGGUGAAAGAGAGAGGGAUCCCACAUUCGAGCUUCCUCGAGGAUGACGACAGGCCCAGCAGAACAGUGCAGCUUUCUCUUCAACAGAGCAACAUUAACACAGAUGAAGAAAUCAGGCGCAAGAAUGAAAAACUAGAAAAAGCACUUAACAAGAAGGAAAGAGAGCUGGAACUUCACAAGACCCAGUUUCAGGUGAAAUUGGAUGAGCUGUCAAAAGUGAAAAGAGAUCUGGAGGCUGCGCUGAAAGAAGUCCUACAAGCUAUGAGGAUUCAUCAGGGGACUACUCCAUUUGGUGCUGCCAUCGAUAUUCCCAGUCUGGAGAGGUUGGCUAAUGUUACAGAUGUCUACAACUUGAGCGGGCCGUCGUCUGAUUCUGCCUCCCAACUCAAAUCUCAAAUCCACCAGCUCGUUGGGAGAAACGAGGAGCUGAGGCAGGAACUGAAAUUGGCCCGGGAAGAAGCAACUCGCAGCUUCAGUCACCUCGCCAAAGCAAAAGAAAAGGUCAGCCAGCUGGAAAGUGAACUGGAGCUGCUGCAGAAGUCAGGCAGCAGUGGAGUCGUCUUCCAACCUCUGACCCUCCCCGAAGGCCUGGGCCUCAGCAGCACUGAGGUCGUCAGUUCCCUUAAUGAGUAUGCUGUCCGGCUGCUUCAGGAGCUCAAAAACAAGGAGGAAGCAAACAAGAAGCUCACAGGAACACUGGAGGAAUACAAAGAGAAGUUUGCUGUUAUUAGCCACCAACAGGGACUUCUCUAUAAAGAAUACCUAAGUGAGAAGGCGGAGUGGCAGAAGGAGAAAGAGACAUUCACAGAGACUAAGAACAAAUUGGAGGAGCAAAAGCAGGUGGAUGCUGUUAAAAUCCAAGAGUUCAAUGAGCUGCUGGACACUCUUCAAAAGGACCCAGAGGAAAACAGGAGACACUUGAGCGAAGCAUUGCGCAAGCUGACGGUGUUGAAGGUCAAUGAGAAAAAAUUGACGCGGCGCUACACCACCCUGCUGGAGCAAGAACAGCACCUCCGCAAGGAGAACAGCAAGCUGAGGGAUGACAGCGGCCAGAUGCAGGCCACGGUCACUCAGAGGAUAGGCUACCUACAGAGAUACAAGGAAAUGGCCUCUUACAAGAUAGCAGCUCUGCAGAAGGCCUUGGAUGAUAGUGUGCCCUCAUCAGACCUGGAGAGGGCUAACAAACAGUACACAGAACUAACAGUUAAAUACAGAGACAUGCUGCAAAGGGACAGCCGCCUCAUGAAGAGAACCACUAACCUUGAACAUUUGGAGAAUGAGAAUGAGUCUCUCCGAGGGCAAAUCUCUGCCAUUAAUAAAGAACUAGAGAUCACAAAGGAGAAACUGAAUACAUUAGAGCAAGCAUGGGAGAGCGGCAACACAACUGGAGGUGAGAGCAGCAUGGAAAAGGCAGGCAAGGCGUUGGCCAACAAUGAGAUGGUAUCUACAGCCAGACGUAUCACCAAUCUAGAGAUGAAGGAGCUCAACGAGAGACAGAGAGCGGAGCACGCACACACAAUGUAUGAACACAUGAGGAGCUCUCUGAAGCAGGUGGAAGAACGCAACUUAGAGCUGGAGUCAAAGUUUGCAGAGUUGACUAAGAUGAAUGUGGAGGCCCAGAGGGUGGAGCGGGAGCUGAGAGAUGAGUUGGCAGAGAGCGUCAGCAAAGCUGUGAGCAACGCUGACCGAGCCAGGAUUGCAGAGUUGGAGAAGGCUGAGGCUGAGUUGCGCAUCGAGGUUUCUAAGCUUCAAGAGGUGUCUGAUGUAGCCAUGAUGCAGGCGUCUGCUCUGCAGGCCAGACAGCAGUCCAAGGAAAAGGAAUUAGAAACUUUGAGGAGACAAAUCCUGGACUACCAGUCACAGUCAGAUGAGAAGGCCCUCAUCGCAAAGCUCCACCAGCACAUUGUGGCUCUGCAGUUCAGUGAGUCAGCUGCUCUGCGUAAGCUGGAGGCUACCAGCUCUCACAUCCAACAGCUGGAGACCCACAAGCUGCGCGCUGAACAACGGCUGGACGCCAGCGAACGUGCUCUGUUCCUCGCCCAUCAGGAGGGAAGAAAUCGUGCCAAGCACCUACGGCAGACCGUCCAGUCGCUACGUAGGCAGUUUGCCGGGGCGCUGCCGCUCCCCCAGCAGGAAAAGUUCUCUGCGACCAUGAUGAGCCUCCAGGAAGACAGAGUCAAAUCUCAGGAGGAGAAGAGAAAGGCAGAGGAGGAGAGAAGGAGGGCAGAGGGAAGGGCAGAAGAACUGGAACUGAGGCUUCGAGGACUGGAGGAGCUCAUCUCAACACUGAAGGAUGUGAAAGGAGCCCAAAAAGUCACUGAGUGGCACAAGAAAAUGGAAGAAGCUCGCCUGCAGGAGAUGAGGAAAGGCAGGGAGCUGGUGGUCCAGAAGGAGGAGAUCAGGUACUUGAAGAACCUGGUGGCAGAGCAGGAGCGAACCAUUCAAUCACUCGAAGAGGAUAUCGUGCAGCAAAACACAAUUCAAGAAGAGCGUCAGCUUGUUUGGGAUCAGCGAGAGGUGGAGCUCGAGCGCCAAGUGGACCACUAUGAGAAGCAUCAGAAUGAAGUUUUGGGUAGUGCCGAAAAGUUUGAAGAAGGCCCAGCUUCCCUACCAGACCCAACUCUACCUCUGGCUCAUCAGUUAGAGUUUGCUUUGGGUAAAAUCCGAGAGCAUGUUCGCACCAUCUUGGAUACACAGGCCACCUGCAAAAGUUUGGAUGAGAAGUUGAAAGAGAAAGAAGCAGCUCUGUGGAAGGCAGAACAGAACAUCGUGUCCAGGGAUAAAGUGAUCAAUGAGCUUCGUCUUCGCCUUCCCGCCGCUGCCAACAGAGAACGUCUGCUAGCCGAUCUUGCCAAGCAUGAAGAAGGCCAUUUAGACCGCCAGCCUGCCCUUAAGUUGGCUCAUCAGACCAUCAAAGACCUUCAAGGUCGACUUGACAAAAAAGAGGAUUUGUUAAAGAAAUACCAGAACCAACUGUCUCAAGCCCGACAGGAUCAAGAGGAGAUGAUCAAGAGACACCAGGAAGAGCUGAGAAUGCUACAUCAAAAGUUGGAUUUGCACACUGACACAUCUCUCGACCGCUUCAGGCAGACUGCAAUGGAAUUGAUGAAGAAACCCACCAUCAGGGUACCAACGUCCAAGCAUCUGGAGCGUUUGGCGGAGUUGGAGCAGACAGUGGCUGAACAGGACAUCUCGCUCUCUUCCCUCACAGAGAAGCUGAAGCUGACCGCUGUGGAUCUAGAGCGACAGAAGACCAUCAUUGAAACGCAGGCUAAGAAACACGCUGAUGAGAUAUCCAAGCUGGAGGAGUGUCAUGCUGCCCAGUUGAAAGCUGUGUCUGGUGAUACUGAGGAUCACAGGAGCCAAAUGACCCAGAUGGAGAAGGAGAUGAAUCACCUUCAAACUGAGCUGGAGGCCCAGAAGGAAGCCAACGUCCGCUCCCCCAGCAACACCAUGAAAAACCUGGUGGAACGUCUGAAAGCACAACUCAACCAGAAGGAGAAGCAGCUCAAGGGUCUCAGUAAAGCUCUGUUAGAGUUGCGGUCAGAAAUGACAUCAGCAGCAGAGCAGCAAGUCAUAGCCAGCGCAGCACAGAAAGAGGAGAGUCUCAACGUACAGAUGUUGGUUGACAGGCAAACCAAAGACCUGAAGGUGCGGUUGCAAGAGCUCAAUGAUGAACUUCAAGCUGCAAAGGAUUCUGCCAAAUCAGCCAGGGGCAGGGAGAACACCCUGAAGGAGGAAGUAGACGGACUAAACCAGGACCUCCAGAAGACUCAGAAAACUCAGAGACGCCUGCAGGCUGAAAAGGAGGAGAGAGAGCAGGAAAUCCAGGAGCUAAAGCAGCAAGUCAAAAGGCUCAGCAGCGCCCUUCAGAAUGAACCAGAACCAGAUGGGAAGGCGCCGACCAUCGAGAAUCUGCAAAAGAAAAUCAGGAGGCUUGAGGCGGACUUAGAACAAAGAGCAGAAAUAAAAAAUGUCAAAGACGAUCAGGGAAAGGGCAAAGAAGAAAUUGUACGCUGGGAGGAGAGCAAGAAAUGGCAGGCCAAGACGGAGAAGAUGAAGAAUGCGCUGAAAGAGAAGGAACGAGAGUGUGAAUCCCUCUCGAAGCAGCUCAGCACUCUUAAAGAGCUCUAUGCCAGGCUGGAGCAAGAGAAGAACGGGCUCCAAAAGAGGCUGAAGGCUCGAGGAGUGACUGCCGAUCAGGUGGUCGGAGUGAGAUCUACUGAAAUGGAGAAGGAGAUAGAGGAGCUGAAGAAAAAGAACUCAGAUCUGGAGAGACAGAUCCGCACCAUAAGACAGCACCAGGCUUUACCUCGUGACUCCGCCAUGGAGAAUUUGAAUCUGAGAAACCGCUACCUUGAGGAGAGGCUUCACUCUUUAGAGAGACAAUUAUCCAAAGAGAGUCCAUCAAGACCCUCUACGUCAGGGCGAGGCACUGGGACUCCAUCUCCAUCACAAAGAGAUCAAGACCUCCCGAAAGAAAACCUCAAGCUGGCCUCGGAGAACCUGGAGCUCCGCUUUCAGGUGGAGCAGGCCAACAAAGAUUUACCGAGGCUGAAGAAUCAACUUGCAGACCUUAGGGAGAUGUGCAGUGUUCUGAAAAAGGAAAAGGUGGAACUAGAGAAAAAGCUGGGCCAUGUCCGUGGAGCGGGCCUCAGCGGUAAAACAGUACCUGAACUGGAGAAGACGAUUGGGUUGAUGAAGAAGGUGGUGGAGAGGGUGCAGAAGGAAAAUGAGACGCUAAAGAAAUCCAGCGCAUCUGCACAACAGGACAAGUUCUCUGCCUUGGAGCAAGAACACAAAAAACUAAAGGCUGACUAUGAGAAGUUGAAGAGCCAAAGCGAAGCUGAGCUCAGUUCUAAACUUGAGUCUAAAACCAAAGGACUGGAGAAAAUAGUGAUGGAAAACGAACGUCUGCGAAAGGAGAUCAAACGGGAAAUAGAUGCUUCAGAGAGGAUGAGAGUGACCAAGACGAGUCUGGAGGUGACCAACGAGAAGCUGGAGGCGGAGCUGGAGGAAACCAAGCAAAGACUUCGGUCAGCUCUGUCCAAACCCGUGGCAGAGGUUGCGGACAGUAAGACCUGGAAGGCAUCUGUGGUUACAAGAAUGUUUGAGAACAAGAUGAAGGAGCUGGAGAAGGAGCUCGCCCAGAAGACCUCCAACCUCUCAGACCUCAAAAAACAGCUGAAGGAGGUAAACGAGCGCGAGGAGAGAGCUCGAGUAAACAUCCACACGCUCGAAGAUCAGGUCGACAUGAUGAAGAAGUUUCCCAGUGCUACAAAAGCAGACACUGGACUCUUGAAGGAGUUCCAGGCGAUGAGAUUGGUGAUCAGUGAGCUGCAGAAAGAGAACACAGAGCUGACACAGAGGCUUGACGCGUACGGCGAGCGAUACGGUGAAACGUCCACGAAGCAAGAUUCCAGGAAGCUCAAAACUCUUCUGCAGGCGGCCGAAACGGAGAAAACCCAACUUCAAUCCGAAGUUCGAAAGCUGAGGAAAGAACUGGAGAACUUUGACCCGACGUUUUUUGAAGAGAUCGAAGAUUUAAAGUACAACUACAAAGUGGAAGUGAAGAAGAACAUUUUGCUGGAGGAGCAGCUGAGGAAGGUGUGCGAUCGGUUCGGCGUCAGAGUUGAAAUGCCCAACGUGUCCAUCAGUUAACUCGGAGAUACCGUGUCUUUAAAAGAUGCACAGUAUCCUGAAGCUUUGCAGGUUAUUCUCAGUUUACAUCUUUAACCUUCCUGUCCUCCCAGGUCAAAUAGACCCCAUCUGUUUUGACUGUUCCUUCUUUCUUUCCCUCCUUCCUUCCUUCCUUCCUUUUUUC